UCCCAAUGGGAGGAGGGUUGUGUGUGAGGUCGACGAGGCUGUGUUGACGGCGCCGGGGAGCGGGCCGUCCGUGUGGAUCUAUUCACGGUGGUUCUGUGGCUUCGCGGAAGGGUUCGGCCGCCCGCUGCACGUCGCCGGGGGAUGAGAGUGGGCAGGGCGGCCGCCUGAGUCAGGCCGAUCUUCACAUUUCCCUGCAUUGACAUACAUUUGCCGGUUUUGCACACUCAAUUUUCAUCUCCUUGAAAUCUAAUGCGACCUUGCCUGUGUCAUCUGCAAACUUGGAUAUGUGGCCUUCUAUCCUGUCAUCUAAAUGAUUUAUAAAUAUGCUUCUAUGGCUCACCAUCUGGCCUCAGUCUGAAACAAAAUGGAUUCAGAUGACCUACCUAAUGUAGAAGACAUGUUUGGCUCCAUGUGGUCUACACCCACUGAGGAAAUGAACCUGGAGCCAGAUAAAGGUCAGCUGGAUCUGGAAGUCGGGGAGGAUGACUUCACAGUACGGAUCGCUUUCAAGGGGAACAUGAAGGAUGUUGACUUUGCAAAUAAACUAGAUCUGAUCAUUAAUAACAUGCCAUGCCUUCUGAAAAUGGAUUCAAAGAAACUGAAGUUUAAGAAAGUGGAGCCAUGGAAUAGCGUUCGUGUGACAUUUAAUAUUCCCCGAGAAGCUGCAGAGCGGUUACGACUGUUGGCACAGAACAAUAACCAGCAGCUGCGUGACUUGGGCAUUCUCUCUGUUCAGAUUGAAGGUGAAGGAGUUAUUAAUUUGGCUUUAGUACAGCAGAGAAGCCAAGAGAUCAGAGUAAAUGGACCAGUGAAUCAGAUCAGAAUGGACCCUGGAUUUUCUUUGCAUGGAGGACAAGGUUUGAUUCGAGUUAACAACCCAUCUGCUCCCAUGAUCCCUUCAAGCAGCAAUAUGGCAGUUUCCUUGGCUAGCGGUGGAGCCAAUUCAGAGCUAAUGCAAAACAGAUUACCACAUCCUUCCUCACGACCCACUGCUCAACCUGGUAUGGAUUCGGUUCUCUCGACUCUGAACAUUCAGUCUGCAGGGCACCCCUCCGGAUCAUUGCCUCAGCAGCCUCACAUUGUGCAGACGAUGUCCACCAACCGGCAGGUAGCCCCUGCCAAUCUACAGCAGCACCAGUUGCAGGGAAGUCGACCUCCAUUUAAUCCAGCUCAGAUUUCCAUGGCUGGCACGUGGAAUCAGGUCCCAGGAGCAGCAAUCCAAUCCCCCUCCAGCCAGGGGGCUCUAGGAACUUUGGCAAAUCCUGUGUGGAAGAAGGCUCCUAUGCCUGGACAAAUGCAGCCUCAGCAACUUCAGGCUAGGCCACCCAUGGCAACCCAGACCCCUGCUCAUCCUCCACCUCCCUACCCAUUUGGAAGUCAACAAACAUCACAGGCUCAUCAAACCUUCUCUCAGCCUUGCAGCUCACCGCAAUUUGCGUCGCCACCACCUAAGAACCACCAGGGUGGACCACCUCGAGUUCCUACGCCCCUGCAGCAGCCACAUCUCACCAAUAAGUCUCCAGCCUCGUCUCCCUCUACUUUUCAACAAGGCUCCCCCUCUUCCUCUCCAGUCAACCAGCCACAGCAGCACAUUGGGCCUAGAACACCUCAGAGCAGUUCCCUCCCACAAACUUUUCAGCCCGCAGUUUGCCAGAGUUCUCCAAGUCGAGGUCCCAUAGUUCAGCAAGGAAACUUACCAGCUGGGUUUAUGAUGCAAGCAAAUCAGGUGGCCCAGAGUGCUCAUUCUACCAUAGGAGGCAUGCAAAAGCGUCUUCCACCAACCUUUCCUCCUGGUCAGCCUAAUCAAAACUUCACUCAGGCACAGAUUAACCAAGCUGUUGCAUCUGCCACAUCGAUGAACAGUGGAAUUCUGCAGGUGCAGCCUAAUCAGAAUGCACCGCAUACAGGUGGUACUAGUAAUGUCGCUGCUCAAAGUCCUAUGAAUGUACAGUCUCAUGGGCCAACUAAUGUGAUGCAAGCAAAUCUCCUUGGACUUCAUGGGAACAUGAAUAAUCAGCAGUCCCUCAAUACGCAAGUGAACAUGAGUAAUGUUCAGGGGCAGCAGGGCCCCCAGUCACAGUUUAUUGGGAUGCAUCAACAAAUCGCACCUUCGCAGGGCCAGGUGAUGAACGUUCAAUCGCAAGGUCCACAUCCACCAAACCAGAUGAUUAUUUCUCGCCCUCAGCUCAUCCAAAACCAAAUGAUGAUGGCGACGUCCCAAAGUCACAGUGCCAUCGCACCGGGACAGAGGAUGACUCCGCCCAAGCCGCUGCAUUCACAGCAGGGCCAGCAGAUAAUGACAACUCACGGGCAACUAAUAGGACCUCAGGGACAAGUUGUCUUGCAGCAGAGCCAGAUGAUGGGGCUACCUGAGCAGAUUGUUGUCAGUCAGGUGCAGGGAAACAAGCAAGGUUUCAAUAAUCAGAACCCGCAGAAUGUAAUAGGAGGGCCAGGUCAGAUGAUGAGGGGACCUGCUGUCAACUCGCAGGGUAAUAUGGUUCAAUUUUCCACACAAAUGAUCCAGCAGAAUCCAUUGAAUGGGAAUUCCCAAGGGAUUGGCAUUCAGGGUCAAGGGCUUAGACCUUCAGUACCUCACGUAAAUCAACAACAUGGUGACCAUACAACAUCAGCCAGUGAUGUCAAUGUAACACAGAUGCUGCCUGAUCUUCAAAUGCAGCAAAGUGCGGUCGCCUCUCACUUGCAAACCAUGCAGGCAGGCAACUCUGCUGGAUCCCACUUUUCAGCCCACGGUAUGGCAUUUAGCGCUCCUUACAGCACAACGGCAAGUGGAAGUCAAGUGUCCUUGGUCACUGCCUCUGGUUUUCCAAACAAUAAGGAUGUCACUCUGACUAGUCCGUUGCUUGUCAACCUGCUGCAGAGUGAUAUCACGUCAGCACAGUUUUCCAUGGGUAACAAGCAGAACAGCCAGGCUAUCAACAAACCCAAGAAGAAAAAGCCGUCGCGUUCACAGAAGAAAAAGAACAAUGGAUCCCAGCAGGCAGAAGAGCAAACGCAACAUGUGAUUUCAGAUACCCGUCAGAUGCAGCCAGGGCUGGAUGAUGGAGAACCGCAACAAAUGACAGGAGAACAGAGUGUAGGAAUUGAUCCAGCAGCCAACAAAUUAUCUGAAUUUGCAAAUCGAUCUGCAGGCUUCCAUUUGCAGGCUGUUGAUCAGAGAACACUGCAGCAGACGACUGUACAAUCUAUCCAGCACCCACAGCAGCCACCACAACAGCAACAGCAGAUGAUGAUGAUGAUGAUGAUGAAGCAGCAGCAGCAGCAACAGCAGCAGCAACAACAGCAGCAGCAGCACCAACAACAGCAGCCAGACUCAAAGUCAAUUAGAAUUCCAAUGACCCCUAAUACACUUCCAUCUAAAACAGCCUUAACUCCAGAUGCGUCGAGAAUGCCAAUGACCACAGCUGGUAAUAAAGCAGUCAUGGUAAGCUUGCCUGGCCAGAGUGGAGUGCCGCCGUCGCCAGAUAAAUCGAGGAUGCCUUUAUUAGUUGGCCAUCAAGCUGGUAACACACUCAGGAAGAUGCCUUUCCAGGAAAAUAUUCAAAAUGUCCCAUCGUCCGUCCCCGAGGAAGGAAACACAACUGCACAUCAUCCUGACGGAACAGCAACCGAACUUUCACUCUCCACUGGAUCCCAAGUUAAUCCGGGGCCACAACCUGUUCCCCUACCCACCCAAGUGCUCAUCACUGGGACUAAGCCUGGACAUCCUCAGAUCUCAACGCCACAAGGUGCAAGUCCACAGCAGCAGGGACCCCUUCCUUUACAAGGCACACACAACCUUCACUUUCCUAAUACUACUACUACUACACAAACCUCAAGACCAAAAACACCAAACCGAGCAAGCCCCAGACCCUAUUUUCCCCAUACACCCACCAGUAGACCACCCAGCACAGAACCCUCUGAGAUAAGUUUGUCACCUGAAAGGUUAAAUGCAUCUAUCGCAGGUCUUUUCCCUCCUCAAAUCAACAUUCUCUUACCUCCUAGGCAGCCCCCUCUAAACAGAGGAUUUGAUCAACAGGGUCUAAACCCAACCACUCUGAAAGCAAUUGGGCAGGCCCCAUCCAGCAUUCCUCCCCUCGCCAGCAACCCGUCUGCCUCAGCAGCUUCACAGGCAAAUAAGCUGGAUUCAGUAAUAGUCAGUUCAGCAAAACAGGCUACUGGAAAACGUGCAAGUCCUAGUACUAGCAGGAGAGCCAGCACUGGGGCCAGUCGAAAAGCUGGUCAGAGUUCAGGCAGACAAAGUGGGAAAGGCUUGAAAUCAGCACUGACCCUUCAGCAGAACCCUGCCAUCGUACCAAACAUGGAUGUACAAAAGAACAUUCUAACAGGUGCAGCACAGGUUCUGUCAAAUUCAGUUCCUGGAAGUAUGAGUGAUCCUAGCAAUACUGUUCCAAGUACUCAAAAUACACCAAUUUCUGUCAGAAUUUUUGCUAACCAUCCUGAAGAAAGCAAGGAAGGUUUACCCAUGCCUGGCAAUAGUACAUUGAAGCAGGUCCCUAGUAACAAAGAACAGAUGUCCUUUGAAUGCAGUCCUCAAGGCAUCAACAACUUGGAGAAGAAGAUUGGUCCUGAGAUUCAAGUAAAAAAGGGAAUUAAGCCACUGGAAGCUGGUAAUCCUGGUGGAUGUGGAGAAGAAAAAAGCCUGCCACCUUUAAGAGAAAUUCCAGUUUCGCUUAAUCAACUUCUGGACACUUCUGGUAGUCCUGGUGCUGCCAUUAAGACCACUAGUUCCAAUCAAAUGGGACAUCCUAUACCUUCUGGAGAUAAAGAGAAAGUUGAAUCUGUUAAGGAAGUUCCUAGCACAUCAGCACAAGUCAUUUGUGACAGUGGCUUAGCCCCAAGUCGACCAGAAUUGGGGGAAUUAAAUAUUAACGUGACUCAAAGUGGCCCACCUAGGGUGCCCACACCAGUGGUGUCUGCAUCUAUCUCUGUUUCAAAUCCAAUAACAGUGUUUCUAAGUUCCAGUCCCAUUAAAUCUACAAGCAGUGUAACUGCACCUGCACAGACUCAGUCUCAGCCUGCGGUUGUUCCAUCUGUGGUCACAAUGCCAACUCUGGGUAAUAAAGUGGUAUCUGAUUUACAGCCAAUGGUACAGACAGGCUCUCAGCCAGCUUUCAUCACUGCACCUGUGUUUAUAAAUACAUCUGUAUUCCAGGUGGUUAAAGAACCUUUGUUAUCUCAAUCAGCCACCGUUCCUAAAGUAACUUUACCUUCAACUUCUUCAUUGGUGUCCCAGUCUGUUACUGUAAUCCAGGUAUCCCACACUGCUCCGAGUUCAUGCUCAGCAGUUUCAACUACCCCACCUGUCAAUAGUACCAUUAACUCUUCUUCUGCACCAACGAGCAGACUGCUGGUUCAGAGGUCAUCUGCAUCCCCAGUUCAGCCACCUUCCACUUCUCCGGCUCCUCCAACCAUCUCCUCACCAUCUCCUCACAGGCCAGCUGCAGACUUCGGCCUCAGCGAACCUCUUCAGAGUAACGGCACGGUUGACCAAAGCUCUUCAGCUUCAUCCCACCCAAGUGCAGUUGCAACGUCACCUACUUCAGCUAGCCCAGGUAGCUCUAAUAGUAGUAGGCGAAGUCCAAUAUCAUCCAACAAAGGAAGAGGGAAAGUAGAUAAAAUUGGUCAACUCCUCAUGACCAAGGCAUGUCAGAGGGCCUCCCCAGAUAAGAAAGAUGACCCAGCAGCAUCUGAAUUGGCUUCCCCAGGUGUUGAUGGUCAGAUGCCAAAAGCAGCACUUCCUGGUAGUCCUGAAGGAGAAGUUCCUCCUAUUGAGACUAAUCAGACCAACAUUUCUUCUCCAACUAGUCAACCAGACGUAGGCACUUCUGUUAACAUCACACUUGGUACAACUAGCAGCUCUGCUUCUUCUGUCUCUGUUUCCUCACCUGCAAAUACAUUGAGUAGCACUUCUCAAAGCAAUGUCACAUCAGCUGCCAGCUCCCAGAGCCUUGAUCCUGAAUCUGUAGUAACUGUUGGUGAUAGCAGUCUUGCAGUCUCACAAUCUGAGGGAAGUUGUUCGUCAGCAGAGAAAGUGGGAACAGAUAAAGAGCACCAACCAAAUACAGUUGAGCAAAGAAAAGAAGCUUUGGAACAUUCGGACACAGGACUGCCAGCCACCACACCCCAAGUUGUUCCAGAGCAAAUAUCCCCCAAUUCAGUGCAACAAGGGACCACAGUGAAAAAUGGAGAAGACUUGAAUGUUGCAAAUGAAGUGUCUCAGAGUGAAGCAAAAAGUACUCUAGAGAAAUCGAAAAGCCCUACUAGAAAAAACUCAAGAAGUGAAAAGGAGAGCGAGGAGGCUUCAACUCUUCAGGAAUCUUCUGACAAUGGGCAACGGAAGAGGGCUUCACGACCAGGCUCUACAACGGGGGGCAUAAAAGACACCAGCACAGCCACCAGCCCUACACAAACAAAACGAAGGAAAUCCAAAUAAAAUCUCUCAAUUGUAAACCUGUGAAAGUGUAAAUGUUUGUGAAUUUAAAUAAUUUUUCCAAGCUACUUUUCUAUCAUGAAAUUGUGUAUAGAGUACUGUUUUAAUAUUUGUCCCACUGAAAUGUGACUUGAAAGAAUUUUUUGAAUCCUGAAUCUGUUUAAACAAGGUCGUACAGCCAGUAAAAUCCCCCACUGGAACAUAACUGUACUGGUAAUUUUUGCAAAGAUAAAGUUGUCAGAUUUUGUCACUGUCACCAACCUUGGUAAAAUAUAGUAUGUUAUUUUUAAUUUGAUAUUUACUGUUAAAUUGUGUUAAGUCUUAAAUACUGUAUGUGAAUAUUUGUAUAAGGGUGUAAUAAAGCCCAUCCCCACUGGAUGUUGAGUGUGAAGCAGAAUCCCUUACCAGCAAGUUAGUUCACUCUAUUUAUAUAGUCACAUACCUUUUGAAAUGGGGAAAAUAUUCUCUAUCCAUUCUUUGAGUGUUAAAAUGGAGUCUGGUCCCACCAAUAGCUGUUGAUGUCUCUAGUGCCAGUGGCAAACAGACUUUCAAAGUAUGGAGUAGAUGAGAUCCCUCUACAGACUGCUGUUGAGUACGGCUCACAAAAAAUACUAAACAGCGGAGGGCAGUUGUAAUAAUUUUAAUUAUGUUGGUAAUUUGCUUACACUCUUCACCCCAGUCUAUUUUACACUAAUAAGAUUUUGUACAGAUGUGUAGUUUGCCCCACUUGUAUCAAUAACAUUAAAUGUUCAAAUGAAAAUUAGUUGCAAAUCUUGGUUAUAGCCAUUUGUUAUAUUUGGCAACCCAGUUCUUGGCCAGGCAGGUACUUCAGAUUGCAAUCGUGUAAAGGGUGUUUGUUUUUCUCCCAGUGAAAUUGUAGGAAAUGUGAUUUGCAGAUUACAACAGAAAAACACUUCUCUGCUAAUUGGGUGAUCUUAAAGUCAGCACCCCUUUCCUAUUUUACUCUGUUUGGACAUGCUCAAUGAUGGGACCUGAGAUAGGGAAUUUUAAAUGCUUACAGCCAUCUAGGGAAAGAAACAUUCCAAUUCCAAUCUAGUUGAUAUCUUCCUUAUGAGACUGGGAUUUAGAGCCUUGGGAUAUCCAAAUUUCACAACAUAUUACAGUAUUUGAUUCCUACCAGGGAAAGCAAUUUCUCUCAUCCAUACCAUCAAGACUUGUGCAUCUUUCAGUGAGAUCACCUUCCAACCUUCCCAGCUGUGUAUCUGUUAAUUGCUGCCUCUAUUAUAGAAUGAAUCUAGUAUACCUUGAGUCUUCUCUAUUUCAAAUACCUCCUGAAAAUAAGUCUAGUCCAAACUAUAUUGCUUUUUAACCACAAACUCAACAUUGCUCUACAUAACUACUUCAUGAAACCUCUACUUUUGUUCUCAAACCAGUUUGAGAUACAGGCCAACAUAUUGGUACCUUCAUUGCUUGCUUGUUUUUGUACAGUGACUUAGUGACUCAGGUAUGAGGUGGACCAUCUGCAGACCUUUCAAACUUUUCAACCUUUCACUAUUCAAAAUUGCUAUUUUGUUUUUCCUCCAUCCAAAUAGAUAAACUGGCACUUUAUGCAGUCUGUUUCCCACAUCCUUGCCUAUCUACUCCAAAUGGGAUCUGACCAAUGAUCUUACAAAGCCUUGUUAGUGGUAAGCUAAUAAGAUGUUAAAUAGUCAAUAAGACCUCUGGCUGGCCGAGGGAGGAGUGUUACCUCUACUAAGUAUUAAAGGCAAUUGUAACUUUAGUACUUAAUUUUGUUUUGAAUUGAGAGAGAUAGCAUAAUAACAGAUUCUAACUAGACCAGAGAGCCUGCCACAUCCAAAUAAUCAAUUAACCAGUUGCUGUUACACUAAUCACUACACUAGUCGGUGUCUGUCCACUAAAGCCUUUUGGAAGGAGAAAUUUUUAUUUUUCUAUGUUUAAAGAUUUAGACAAUUACUAAACACAUUAAGGACACAAUGCAAUAGUUUUUGGAAAAAGUGAUAUUUUAUAUAUGAAAAUAAUGAAAUUCCCACAGUCAGUAAGUGGCUAUAAUAACAAGCACUACUGCAACAUCCAUAAUCCAGUUACAUUUCACACUUCCAAUAUUUAGAAACAGUUUGAAAACAGUUGAGACAAAAAAAAAACACACACACACAAGCUGCCCUUUGUUUUGCAUAGGACUUUACUUUUGCAAUUCAAAUGUCAAUUUCUGUUCAUGUAUACACAUCUUGAAUUAAAAUCCCCUCCCCUCACUUCAGCCCCAGAAUGGAAGGCACGUACACAAAUCAAUACAUGGGAGGUAAACUUGCUGAACACAAGCUGUAUAACUAAUUUUUUUAGUACAUUUAUUUUAUUAAAUGGCUGCAUAUACUGACAAUACUGCAUCCAAAGAUGUUUGACGUCGAGAUCUCUGCCAUCAACCCUGGUGCCCACACUGCUGCGGCCAGAUCACAUUGUGUGCAACAAUCCACCGUUCGCACACUUCCCUGCAGAAAUGAAACCGUUUCGGUGUGGAUGUGUUUCUUUUCGUUAAGAGUCACUGGCCAACAGUAUUGUCAAUGAAUGCCCACAACAUAAUAGAUGACACAUUCAGAUUGCAGUUAGAACAAGGACCCAGACACUAUGCUAACUAAAAUUAUGUAGUUUCUCAGCAGUACACAAUUAAUAAUAGAACCACAAAAUUUAAAAGACAGAACACUCUAGUAUUGUGUUUUAUUCUAAGAUUUGUAGUAUGGCAUUUUAGUGCUAAUUAGAUGUGCAUGAUGCAGUAUCUAAUGUUUAAAUAUUAUACAUCAGAAAACAAAAUGAAAAAUAUCCAGAAAAAUUUAGAAAAUUAAGGUGAUACUGGAAAUAAAACUAAAGAGGGAUUACUAUUGAGAGCUCAUCCAGAGGCACAUAUGAGCAAAGAUCUAAUGCAGGGGUCCCCAACCUUUUAUAUGCCAUAGAGCAUAGGUGUCAAACUCAAGGCCCGCGGGCCUUAUCCAGCCCGGCGUACAAUUGUAACCCGCCCGUGAGAUCAUUUUAGAUAGAUCUAUUAUUUUAAUUAUUAAUGGCCCGGCGAUAUGAAGCCUAUGAUUGUAAGUUAAUUCCAAUCAUAAAAAUAAUGCUUGCUCAGCAGUCUUGAAGUGAAACACUUUGUAGUUAUAGCAGAGACUGAGACACAUGAGAACAGGCUGAAAAAACGGAGGCAAUGAAAGCUGCGUUCGCACGCGCCCGACUGAUCCGGCCCGCGACCUAAAAUGAUUUUGACACCCCUGCCAUAGAGCAUUACUAUUACACAACCCCAGGUUGAGAAACCCCUGAUCUAAUGGAUUAAUUAGCCUGUUUCAACCUUGUAACAUUCUCCUUUUGAAAUUUCACUACUGAAAUCCAAAGUUGCUUCUUUUGCAUUGAGGAUUUUACAUUUCAAAGCCACAGCUUGGUGAAAGGGGAAAAGAGCAGAAAUGCCAUUUUUUAAAGUAUUAGCUCCACCUACCCCUAUAAAAGUAUUGCUUUAAGUUCAGGUAAUAUAGAUAUAUAUAAACUUCAAGCAAUGCACAGAGGACUGAGUGUUGAACAUCAACCCUUACACUAGACAGAAAUUAACUGCUUCUUAAGUACAAAACAGCACGGCGUAGGCCCUUCCGGCCCUUAUAGCCAGCAAUCCAACUUUCUAAACAUUAUCCUAAUCACAGGAUAAUUUACAAUGAUCAAUUACCCUGCUAACCAGCAUGUCUUUGGACUGUGGGAGGAAACGCACAUCAUGGGGAGAACGUACAAACUCCUCACAGGUGGCGCCGGCAUUGAACUCCCAACGCCCUGAGCUGUAAUACUACUGUGGUGUCCCUAAAUCAGACAAUUUCAAUCUUGAUCACAUUCAAGGACUUGUAAUUAAAGAUAUGUUCCUCUCAAAUAGACCAAGCAAUUGCGGUUUAGAAGUUUGUCACAGACCAAGUGAACUAAAGCUUAACAAUGCAAAACAAUGAUCUUGAAAGGUGGAGAUUCAUCUGUCGAGGUUUCCAACCAAGUUCAUCACCUCAUUGUGAUAGACUGGAUACAAUAACUUAGCACUGACAGAAAAUUAUUAGUUAAUGAAGCCGCUGCUUUAUCCAAACAGUAGCGAUCUUCAUCCUGAGAGAAAAGUUACUAUUACUCCACAUUAACCACCCGAAAUCCAUGAUGAAUAGGAGCCCAAAAACAAAAGAUUAUGUACAUUAGCCUCAUGUUUCUUAUUUAUAUGGAUAUUAAUUUAAAUUAACAAACACACUGCAUUGUGGAGUAUUGUCCCUGAGAGAGCCUGUGCUGUGUAGUUUAGCAUGAAAAACUGUAGCUCACAAAACACAUUUAUCCUUAAAUAAAUUAUUCAGAAACAUACAUCUGUAAAACACUCUCAUCCCAGUCACUGACAAGUAAUUCUAUUUCAGAGCACUGAUCUCAACAGCAGCACAGCAGAAACUUCAAAACCUUUAGUUGUUGUAAUCAAGAAAUAAUACUGUCCACAAACUCACAUGUUUUCUGUUACAAAAUAAAAUUGUAUUAUUCUAUCAGUUCAGCACCACACUUGGAUAGAUCCAUAGUCAGACUGUAGUAUAAGGACUUUCUUUUAUAACAAGGCAUUCAGUACAAGUUAGUAGGUAGAUACGAAUUGCUCUUGAAAGCCCCAGUUACACCAGUAGAGAGAGGUUCAGUGCACUGAGUAUUUAAUCAAAGCAUCUCAAACACACCACAUUUAUCAUUGGAGUCAGAAGCAUACCACCGGCACCCCACAAGCAUUGUUCAUUCAAAACUGGAGAAAGUUCAUCUUUAAGGGGAAGCAAUUAAAAAGCUAAACAUUCUUAGCAUCGCUGACAAGCUGGAGAUUGGGAUGGAGGCAUCCAAAACUAGCACGAAUAGACUGCAAAACCAAAGGGGCCCAAGAAGAUUUGACAAUGGAAGCUAUCAUCCACAAAAUGAACAGAAUUAUUCCAAAUGCACAGUGGUUUUCUCAGCACCUUGAAUGCAAAGGUCACAGUACAUAAUGGAACCCUUUGUUAGAUCUCAGUAGCAUAUUUUUUUUUGGUUCAUUUCAGAGUUCCAGCAUUCAUGUACACAAUCUGCAUUGCAUGUUACUUUUGUUUGGUAGUAUUCAUUCUGAUACACUAUUUCUGGGCUGUACUUUCCUGAGGCUACAUCCCAUUAAAUGCAGCUAGUUUAAAUAAUGGGUGAUCUCACUACAACACACACAAAAUGCUGGUGGAACUCAGCAGUUCAGGCAGCAUCUAUGGAGAGGAAUAAACAGCUGACAUUUUGGGCCGAGACCCUUCAUCAGGAUUGGAUCUUGGUCAGAUCUAUUACGCAAAGGGAACUUGAUCUGGUGAGGAAAAGUCCAGAGUAAUCUGUAAACUUAUUGACAAUUCUUUACAGUGAUAUCAAUUUAAACACAGAACAGUACAGCAGAGGAACAGGCCUUUUGUGCUGAACCAAUUAAAAUCAGUAAUCAAAUGGCCAACUGAACUAAUCCCUUCUGCCUAUACAAUGUCCACGUCCCUCCAUUUCCCUCACAUUCAUGUGCCUGUCUACAGAGCAUAAAACAGUACAGCACAGGAACAGGCCCCUUGGAAGCAUCUUCCCCUCAGUGAAAUGGAUUCAAGCAGAAAAUAGUCAACUAACUUGAGCUCCAACCCUGGUCGGGCUAAGUUAACCCAAUAUAGCUGUCUGACUGCAGGCUGGAAUAGGCAAGGGUGGUAGAAGGUUCACUAAUUCUCCCGUUGGCACAUCAGCAUUUCAGUUUGAAUGAAGCAAAGCCAAGCACUGGGUUCUACUAGCUUAAUUAGGAAGGAAAACAAAUGGGCAAGCUCAUUUGAAUGUUCUUAAAAACAAAAGGUGAACUAAGCAGAAAGACAAGAGAAGGUCCCAUAUGAUGUGUCCUUGUUGGAGUAUGGA